AUGCCUCGUCGGUGCAAGCUGCCGAUGAAUUCGGUGGCGGCGACAGAGAGCAAGCCGCAAGACCUGAAGAUCGGCUCGUCCUCUAGCAUAUGGACGGCACCAAAUGAGGGGAGGCUCAAACUAAACUUCGAUGGGUCGUCCAAGGGGAAGUCUAGGUCCAAACGAUCAAGCAUAGGUGGAGUCUACCGCGAUCACAAUGGAAAGUUCAUCCUAGGCUACGCGGAGGGGAUCGGCAGGACAACAAGCUCCGUUGCAGAGUUUGUGGCCCUAAAGCGUGGGCUCGAGCUCGCUGUGAAAAACGGAUGGCGCGACAUCUCCAUCGAGGGCGACUUCAAAUCUGUCAUCGACACCAUCGCGAGCCACGCGCCGCUCUGGGCGAAGAAGGACCUGGAACAGUACAUGGAGAUCGCCACGAUGCUCCCGCUGCUUGGCAAUACGACCGUGUCGCACGUGCUCCGGAAAGGUAACAGGGUGGCCAAUGGCUUCGCGGAGCUCGGGCACGAGGCAGAUACUUUGCGGCUGUGGCACCAUAUUCCGCCCAACAAGGUUCUGAAGCACCUUGAGGAAGAUGCCCAAAAGUACAUUACCCCCCUAGGUUGA